AUGGCACCCACCAGCCCUGUAUACAAUAGCCCACCCUCUCCCUUUCCGGACUCGCCUGGUUACAGCGUUACAUCACCAGGUUCACCAGCCUUGCCAACGGUCGAAUCUCCAACAAGAAGCCCUGCUACUCCGCCGCUUGCUGAUUGGAGGGAUCAUGUAGACGAGAUACCUCGCCUCCCUUCUCCGCGACCUCGCGACCUAACCCCAUAUGGAUUUCGAGACAGCGACACACAUGAUCAGCAAAGGCAUGUUCCUACCUUGCCACAGAAUUCCCCUUGGUUCAAGGUCCCUCCUAAUCUUAGGCGCGAUAUCCUGCGGCUGGCGUUUGGAGAUCGACGCCUCCACAUGGGCUUGAAGAUUGAUGGCGCUUUAUCACCUACUUGGCAUAGCUUCGGUAUGGUUUGCCAUCGGGUCUCUCCAGAGGACGAGGGACCAAUGACACGCGGUAGUCUCAAAGAAGGUCCCUGGGUUGAUGACUGCGUUGCUUCACGCCAGAAAACUGAGCCUAUCGGGAUCAUGGGAUGGCUUUUAUCCUGCCGUCACAAUUAUGUCGAAACAAUUGAUAUUCUCUAUUCAAUGAACACAAUCUUGAUCUACGACGAGCCGUUACUGACUCGUCUUACUCAAUUGGUGUUGCCUCAUCGUCUAGCCCAUAUCACGUCUCUCGAGAUCAGAUGGCCAUUCAAGACUGUCGAUCAUCUCAACACAGCUUUCCAUCACUUAUCAGCAUCGCGUUUUCCAAAUCUCAAGCGUCUUUACAUGUCGCUUGAGUACGAUGUUUAUAUUGAGCCAAGUAUCGCUCCCAGUGCAAUCACCGCCAUCUUGAACGAGUUUGUCAGAAACAGGUCUGAUCUCGUCGAGUGUGCGUUUGCAUUACCUUUCCAGACAUUUGAGUCCAUUGCCCGCCACCUCAUUACAUCAGAUUCCCGUUGCGGACGAAUAACCUAUAGCGAAAUUUGGUGUUCUUUGGAUGGCAGCCUGCAUGCUGUGAGGCUGCCAUAUGUCGAUAGCUAUCCGAAGCCACCGUUUCAGUUGGGACCAAAUCCAGGGAGGGGAUACUGGCUUUUAGAAGGCACUGCUGCGCCCCUGACAUGGAGAUGGAGAUCAAACAGUCACGGCUGGUCUGGUAUUUUUGCAGGAUGGUAUGACCCGGACGAGGAUACGGAGAUUUAG